CGCAAGGGGCGGGUCCGAAGGCCUCUGCCCACCGCUUUGAGCUGGGGCAUCGUGCGCGGGUUGGUCUGCCCGGCCUGGGGUACUGACCCGGGCCGAUGAUGGCCGAGCUUGGCCGGACUAGCUCCUCUGGCACUCGCAGCGGCCGUAAAGGCGCCAUGGACUGGGGCUAGCCCGCCUCAGCCGCCUCCACACCUGGCAUUAUCUUCGCCGAACCUGCGAACUCUGCUGAAGGAUGCUGAAAGGAGCUGGAUUGUGCGGAAGGCAAGCAGACUCGUGUUUGUUAACGAGACCAUUAACUGCUCGCUGGAGUCUGGAGGCUCCGGCAAUCAGCCUGCAGCUGUCCUGGGAACACAGAGGCCUCUGCCAUGCUCAGGGCUUUGAUUUGAACCGUGACUUCACUUCCUUUUCUGGCCUCCUUUUCCCCGGCUCCUGGCCCACACCUUGCAGGCUGUCCCGCAGUCUGGACCUAGCAGUGAUGGCGUCCAGGCAGGCUCCCCUCUGUGGCCUAGCUCCUCACUGUCUCUGGCUCCUGGGUGUCAUCUUUCUGAUGGAUGCCUCCGCACGGCCUGCCAACCACUCAUCUCCUCGGGAGAGAGCCGCCAACAGGGAGGAGAAUGAGAUCCUGCCCCCAGACCACCUGAAUGGGGUGAAGCUGGAGAUGGAUGGGCACCUCAACAAGGACUUCCAUCAGGAGGUCUUCUUAGGAAAAGACAUGGAUGGGUUUGAUGAGGACUCAGAGCCGCGGAAGAGCCGGAGGAAGCUGAUGGUCAUCUUCUCCAAAGUGGACGUGAACACUGACCGGAGGAUCAGCGCCAAGGAGAUGCAGCACUGGAUCAUGGAGAAGACAGCCGAGCACUUCCAGGAGGCUGUCCAGGAGAACAAGAGGCACUUCCGUGCCGUAGACCCUGAUGGCGACGGCCACGUGUCAUGGGAUGAGUAUAAAGUGAAGUUUUUGGCAAGCAAGGGCCACAACGAAAAGGAGGUUGCUGAUGCUAUCAAGAACAACGAGGAGCUCAAGGUUGACGAGGAAACACAGGAAGUUCUUGAGAACCUUAAAGACCGCUGGUACCAGGCAGAUAACCCCCCCGCGGACCUGCUACUGACCGAGGAUGAGUUCCUGUCAUUUCUUCAUCCCGAGCAUAGCCGGGGCAUGCUCAAGUUCAUGGUCAAGGAGAUUGUCCGGGACCUGGACCAGGAUGGUGACAAGCAGCUCUCUCUGCCCGAGUUCAUCUCCCUGCCCGUGGGCACUGUUGAGAACCAGCAGGGUCAGGACAUCGAUGACAAUUGGGUGAAAGACAGGAAGAAGGAGUUCGAGGAGCUAAUCGACUCCAACCAUGAUGGUAUCGUGACCAUGGAGGAGCUGGAGAACUACAUGGAUCCCAUGAAUGAGUACAACGCCCUCAAUGAGGCCAAGCAGAUGAUCGCCAUUGCUGAUGAGAACCAGAACCAGCACCUCGAGCCUGAGGAGAUCCUCAGGUACAGCGAGUUCUUCACGGGCAGCAAGCUGGUGGACUAUGCCCGCAACGUGCAUGAGGAGUUCUGAGCUGCCCUCGGCCCCUCCCCACCCUCGUCUCCAUUCUGACGCAUCACACCAUGCUCCAGUGAGGCGUGUGGUUGACUGUGGGUCCUGGGCCAAGUGACCCAUGCUGCAGCUACCUAUCCCACCCCCAGGGACUGCCGUGGGUCCUAGUACCUGCCCUUCCUCCUGCUGCCCCAUGACCACACUCCUCGGGACGAGCUCCAGCCACAGCAGGGUCCAGAUUUAUUAAAGAUGUGCUUUAACAGGCGAGCAUCCCUCUGUGGCGUGUGUCUGAGGUGGGCUUGUCCUGUGUUGUGGCCCAAGGCUUGGCUGUGACACAGCCAUGCGUGCUCUGACUCGCUCGCUGCAGCUGUCCUCUGGUCCCUCGAAAUCACUACAUCUCACUUCUGAGAACUGCUCAGUCGUUCUGAAGGCGCUGACCACAUCAGAGUGUGAGGCCCUAGGCUGGCCCCUCUGUGGCUCGACACACCAUGGGAAAUAACACAGCUCCUGCCAUUUUCUUGAAAAUGGAGAGAUGAAGAGAAAAUUAGACUGUACUUUGCUGGCAACGAGUAGCCAGGCAGUUCAGGGAAGGGCAGCCAUGCCUGGGUGAGGGCUGGGUGGUCACUGGGUGGGAUUCCCUGAACUUGUCAGGGCCACUCAGAUCAUACAAUGUGCAGUCUGAGAAAAUGCAAGUAUUUGUUGUGACAAGAAUCAUUAAUUUACUUUAAAAUAUAGUUGCCUUUUUCUCUCA